AUGACGUCCUCUUCCGCAGCUGCCAAUAACUCCCCUCAGCCAUUCCUCAACACCAUGCCACCGGCAUCAUUCAGCUGGCAAAUUACCCUGGCGGAGAAAGUGAUCGCUAUUACUGGAGCAAACCGCGGUAUUGGAUUAGGAAUUGCUGAAGUUUGCCUCGCCAAUUCCGCCAAAGUCGUCUUCUCCCUCGACAUCACCGAGCCGGGAGACGACUUCAAAGCCUUGGCAGAGAAGUUCCCAAACCGAUUCGAGUAUGUGCAGACAAACGUUACGGAAGAAGCGAGCAUCGAGAAAGCCAUCAACACAAUCGUCGAAAAGACUGGCCGCAUUGAUGGGCUCGUCGCCAAUGCAGGCAUGACCAAGCACCAGCCCGCGCUCAAUUUCGAGAAGCCCGAGCUGCAGAAGCUAUUUGACCUUAAUGUCUUUGGUGCAUACUUUUGCGCUAAUAUUGUUGCUCGGAAAUUCAUCGAUUUGGGUAUCAAAGGCUCGAUUGUCAUGACCUCUAGUAUGACUUCGUACCGCCCCAACCGAGCUGCCCCAUCCGCUCCUUAUGGCGCCACGAAAGCCGCCGUGCGCAAUAUGUGCCACACGCUCGCUAUGGAAUGGAGCAAGCACGGUAUCCGCGUCAACAGCAUUUCCCCCGGUUUCGUCAAGACUGCCAUGACAUACUACGUCGAAACUGCACCUGACUGGAAUCUUAAGAUGCAAUAUUAUGGUGGUAUGCCUCGGUUAGCGGAUCCACGAGAGCUGGGCGGCGCAUACGUGUACCUGUUGAGUGACGCUGCUAGUUAUACAACGGGUAUCGAUAUCCCUGUUGCUGGUAUUGUGGGAGCCUGGUAA